UGCUGCGGCCUGCGGCCAUCCCGCAUUCCUGAGGCGGCUGCGAGCCUCCUCCCCGGCGUGCCUGCGCGGCAGGGCAGCCGCUCCGCUCCGCUCCGCUCCGCAGGCCGCUCUGCUGCUGCUCCCUCGCUGCACCAACAUGCCCGCGCACAGCCCCCGGAGGGGCUCGCUCCUCUCCCCGCUGUGUCCGUAGCCACGUUUUGUGCUGCCCCUGCUCAGGGGAACACAAGAAGCACCUUCACCAUGCGGCAUUUUCUGCCACAUUCAUUCAAAGGACAGCUCCAUGUCUGAAGUGCUGCCAGACUGAGCUAAGAGCACUACGAAGCAAACAACUGCCACAUCCUCAUCCUGCUUCUUGUCACGGCACUGCAGAGGAGCUGGAAGUUUUUCAGCAAUGUAACUAGGAAGCUAUUCUGUUCUGAAUCAGCAUGGGAUAGAGUGCCUAGAAGACGUUCAGACCAAGCACAGCUAGCGCGUCCCUGCUGGUUCUCCAUUCUGCAUCCGUGCAGCCACGUUCUAUUGAUGGCCUGUUGUGAUUUCAAUGGAACAUCAUGGGAUGUACCUGGCACGUCGGGCAGCACUGGAUGGAGGUGCCUUUAGCCCAAUGUACCUGGCAUGGUGGUAAGGUGAAGGUGAGAGGAAGAGAAGGUGGAGAUGGAACUGCCAAAUCAUGCCAAACAACUGCUACUGCAGCUGAACCAGCAACGAGCCAAAGGUUUCCUCUGUGAUGUGAUCAUUGUGGUAGAAAAUGCCCUGUUUCGUGCCCAUAAGAACAUCCUGGCAGCCAGCAGCAUGUAUUUCAAAUCCCUUGUCCUGCAUGACAACCUGAUAAACUUAGACACGGACAUGGUGAACCCCACCGUGUUCCGGCAGAUCUUGGACUUUAUUUAUACUGGCAAGCUCUUAACGACUGACCAGCCUGGUGAACAGAACUUUAAUGCUCUCCUCACCGCAGCAAGCUACCUCCAACUGCACGACCUGGCAGCUCUCUGCAGAAAGAAACUGAAGCGGAACGGCAAGUCCUUUGCUGGCAAGGCUGGUGGCCUUGGUGUUGGGAGAUCUGCCAGGAGUCAGAGACUUUCCACUGCUUCAGUCAUCCAAGCUCGCUAUUCAGGGUCAAAUGAGGGGUUGAAGGGCUCGCACUCAAAGGAGCUGUCUAAGGGAAAGCUCUCUGAUGACGAGGUCUUCAUCAGCAGCUCUAACCAAGAGAACUGUCACUCCUUAAGCAGGGGAACCAGCAAGAACGGUGGUGGGAGCAGCAGUGCGAAUGGGAGCACCGGUGACCAGGAGCUAGGCCUUGACCUGUCCAAAAAAAGCCCCUCGCUCCCUGUCGCAGCUUCCCAUGAUGACACGCAGCACAGCGAAAGCCAGCACGGCUCUCCCCAAUCUGCCUCAGCCCCUGCAGCCAACAGUGCCUCAUCGUUCGACGAGUCUGGCGUCGGAGCCCCUCACAGCAUGGCAGACAGCAGUGACCCCAUGGAGAUGGAUCUGAGCGAGGAGUGCCACCACUCACUGACAGAGAGCAGCCAGCGCAAGGGCCUCCGGCACUCGUCCCGCAAGAAGGAGUGGAUCAAGAAAGACAACGCCUUUGACCGAAAGGAAGGGGGCAAAGACAGGGACGAGGGUGAAGGGCUGCCCAAUGGUAUCCUGCUGGGGCCCUUGUCCAAGUCUGUGGAGAGGAGUCUGGCUGGGGCCUAUGGGGCAGACCUGCCCUACCCAUGUAAGGAGGAGGUAGAAAACGGUAAGGAGAACAGUGAUGACAGUGGCCAGAGUGAGAGUGAGAGUGGCGGCCAUACCAGUGCCAACUAUGUCUAUCGGCAGGAGGGGUUUGAGCCAGUGGCCUAUGGUGACAACCUGUAUGUCUGUAUCCCGUGUGGCAAAGGCUUCCCGAGCUCUGAGCAGCUCAAUGCCCACGUGGAAACGCACACUGAGGAAGACCUUUACAUCAAGGAGGAAGGCACAUAUGGCAGCAAAGAUGAAGCUGAGGAUUUGUCCAACCCCAAUCAGUCCUAUGCUGCGGAGUCCCGGCCCUUCAAGUGUUCAGUGUGUGAGAAGAGCUACAAGGAUCCAGCCACGCUGCGGCAGCACGAGAAGACUCACUGGCUGACGCGGCCCUUCCCUUGCAACAUCUGCGGCAAGAUGUUCACACAGCGUGGCACCAUGACACGGCACAUGCGCAGCCACUUGGGGCUCAAGCCCUUUGCUUGCGAGGAAUGUGGGAUGCGCUUUACCCGGCAGUACCGACUAACAGAGCAUAUGCGUGUCCACUCAGGAGAAAAACCUUAUGAAUGUCAACUGUGUGGUGGGAAAUUCACCCAGCAGCGCAAUCUGAUCAGCCACCUGCGAAUGCAUACCUCUCCCACAUAAGCCAAAGACUCCAGAAUGAGCUUCAAGCCCAUCCGCAGUGAUUUACCUUUCUGUAGACUUGCUGCUUAAAAAAAAAGAAAAAAAAAAAAAACAAGGGGGCAACUCCCCAUACUCUGUUCAGUCAUGAGAGGCCUAAACAAAUGUAGCUUUAACAUUUAAAAAAAAAAAAGUUUUUUUUCCUUUUUUUAAAAAAAGAAAGGUCCACAGCCAAGCUGAUGCAUUUAGUCCCAGUCUCCCUUCAAAUUUUGAUGGCCCGGCAAGAAAUGCCUCUUCUUUUUGCACACAUCGAUUUCAUUGCCAUAUUGCUGAUUUGGAGCAGGUAGGGGGACCUUGGGGAACUUUCAGCCUCUGCUGGCUCCCCCUCCCUGCCUCUUCCUGUGUUCCUGUCACUGUACUCACCUCCUUUAAAACCAAACUCAGUAGGGGUAUUUCUUGCCAUUUAAAAAAAAAACAAAAAAACAAAAAAACAAAACAAAAAAACCCACACCUUUUCAGUGGCCUAAGUAGCUGUGAAAUAACAGCAUUCUCAAGUGCAGAAGCUGUGUCUGUGGACCACCUCACAGGGUUGGCAGCCCCUCCAGAGACUGUGGGAAAGCCACAGCAGUGGUGGAGCCCAACCCUGUCCCCCUGGGCUGGCGAUGGCGUGUGGAGCAGCUCUCAGGGCUGCACCAGUCCCAAUACUUCACUUAAACAAAUGGCAAAGCCUCCCUUACCAUCCCUCCCCAUUUUGGUUUUGAUCUUUGUCCUUGGCAUACAUAACCACGUGCCACCUUCUCCCAUAAAACACGCAAACCUCUUUUGCCUUACCCAUGACUGAACAGGGACUGGAUGCCCUGGGAAUUUCUUUCAGUGAGCAGGGGGUCGUCUUUACUUUUCUAGUAGUUUCGUAUGAAUAUUCUUUGCUUAGAGGUACUUGUUUUAUUAAAGGAAGAACCAUUGUAACGUU